AUGGUUAAAUUUCUUCUGACAAUUAUAAUCUAUAACAAGCAAAGGUAUGAAGCUCUGAAUCAAGCAACUUUAAUGAAUCAUGAAAAAAUUGUCAGGAUUCUUUUAGAUGAAGGAGUCACUCCCGAUGCUAAAAGCUGUUUCUGUGCUAUACAGAAUGGAAAUAAGGAUAUCGUCAUGCAAUUUAUCAAUGCAGACCUUGAUUUAUUUGAGUUUUCUGAGUCUCGUCACCCAUUUUAUUACAAACGUUCUGUUUCUAUAUUAGCUGAAUCCUGCUUAUGGGAGAGACUGGAAUUAAUCUCUUUAUUACUUAAAAUUUCUCCUGGCCUUUGCAAUGUGAAAAAUGAAAGUGGACAUCAUACAAUUCAUUUUGUUGCUUAUGCAGGAGCAACAGAUGCACUGAAAGCACUCAUAACCGAACAUAAAUGCGACCCAUACCUUAAAACCGAUAGAGAGACAUCAAUUCUACAUUGUUCAUGUCAGAACGGGAAACUUCAAACUGCAAAGUAUAUAAUUAGUCAAUUUCCGGAUCUAUUAUGUGCAGAGCAUAACAAAAACUUAAGUGCUUUACAUUAUGCAGCUUGGGGAGGUAACAUCGAAUUGCUGAAGAUUCUAUUAGAUAAAGGCCUAGAUAUAAGUAGCAGAACAAAUGAUGGGAAAACUGCGCUACAUAAAUGUUGUGUAAAUGGUAAAAAGGAUAUGUGUGAGUACUUGGUCAACACUUACCCUAACUUAAUAGAUACCACUGACAAUGAAGGUCACUCCGCCUUACAUGUUGUAGCCUGGGGAGGUAACAUCGAUUUGUUUAAUUUAUUUUUAGACAAGGGAUUAGAUAUCAAUAAAACAAGAAAUGACGGGAAAACUGUGCUACAGCUGUGUUGUAUGAAUGGUAAAAUAAACAUGUGUAAGUUCUUAGUCAACACAUAUCCUUACUUAGUAGAUGUCAUAAAUAAAACUGGCGGGAAUGUCCUACAUGAUGCGGCCUGGGGUGGUAACAUUAAUCUGUUUAAGUUUUUCUUAGGAAAAGGUUUAGAUAUCAAUAGAACAAGAAAUGACGGGAAAACUGUGCUACAUAAAUGUUGUUUGAAUGGUAAAGUAGACAUGUGUAAGUACUUGUGCAACACUUAUCCUCAAUUAAUAGAUAUUAUUGAUAAUGAUGGUGAGAAUGCAUUACAUACUGCAGCCUGGAGAGGUAAUAUUGAUCUGCUUAUGUUCCUGUCAGAGAAAGACCUAGAUAUCAAUAGAACAAGAAAUGACGGGAAAACUGUGCUACAUUUGUGUUGCAGGAAUGGUAGAAUGGAAAUGUGUAAGUAUCUGGUCAACAAAUAUCCUAAUUUACUAGAAGUCACUAACAGUUAUGGUCACAAUGCCUUACAUGAUGCAGCUUUAGGUGGUAACAUUGAUUUGUUUAAGUUCCUUGCGGACAAAGACUUUGAUAUCAAUAGAACUAGAAAUGACGGGAAAAAUGUGCUACAUCUGAGUUGUUUGAACGGUAAAAUGGAAAUGUGCAAGUACUUGGUCUACACAUAUCCUUAUUUACUUGAGGUAGUUGAUACAAAUGGUGAGAAUGCCUUAGAAGCUGCAGUAGGCAAUAGUAACAUUGAUUUGCUUAAGUUCCUCUUAGGGAAAGGCCUAGAUAAUACAAAAACAAGAAAUGACGGGAAAACUGUGCUACAUCAGUGCUGUUGGAAUGGAAAGAUAGAUAUCUGUAAGUAUUUGGUCAACACUAAUCCUCAAUUACUAGAGGUCAUUGACAAUGAUGGUCACAAUGUCUUACAUGAUGCAGCCAGCGGUGGUAACAUUGAUGUGCUUAAAUUCCUCAUAGAAAAAGGCUUAGAUAUCAAUAGUACAAACAAUAAAGGAAAGACUGUAUUACAUCUAUGUUGUGUGACUGGUAAAUUAUAUAUGUGCAAGUACUUGGUAAAAACUUAUCCAUACUUACUAAACUUCGUUGAUAAUAAUGGUAACACUGCUUUGCAUUCUGCAGCAUGCCGUGGUGAUAUUGAUUUAAUUAUGUUUCUAUUGGAAGAAGGCUUAAAUAUCAAUAGCAUAAGAAAUGACGGUAAAAAUGUUCUACAUAUGUGUUGCAUGAAUGGUAUGAUAGACACGUGUAAGUACUUGGUCAACACAUAUCCCUAUUUACUUGCUGUCAAAGACAAAGAUGGUCAUAAUACCUUGCAUGCUACAGCCGGCAGUGGCAACAUUGAUCUGCUUAAGUUCCUGUUAGAGAAAGGCUUAGAUAUCAAUAGCACAAGAAAUGACGGGAAAGCUGUGCUACAUCUGUGCUGUAUGAACAGUAUGACAGAUAUGUGUAUUUGGUCAACACGUAUCCUCAGUUACUUGAUGUCACUGACAAUGACGGUGAGAAUGUCUUACAUGAUGCAUCCUGGGGUGGUGACAUUAAUAUAG